AUGGUCUGCGGCUGCGCAGCUUCUUUCAUUCUUCUGACAUUUGAAAGCAUGGAAAGCUACAACGGAGAAACGACGAGAUUCAAAAAAUGCAAAACUGAAAAUACAUUCUUGAAGAGUGCCGGCGGUGAUGAUAUUCAGGACAAUUAUACACCUGAGUGGUUUUUGUUUGAAUUUUUGUUCAAACCUCCAACAAAAGAUGUGUUUAGAAGGGCAUUAAGGCCGUUCGUAAUCUCUUUCAACUCAAGAGUUCAGUUGGUUGAAGAAUCAAAGCGCGAACGAGAUUUGCUAUUUUCCAUGUACGACCAGAAGCUUACUUUACCAAACUCUUUGAUCCGAGACUCAAACGAUACGAUUGAGAUCUUAGCAGCUCACAAUGGAUUUCUUUUGCUGGGAGGAAAGGUGGAGAUGCCAAAGCGUCCGAAACCGGUGCCGGUGAGGGACGAGAGUUUCUUUGUUAAAAGUUACCAUGCUGAGUUUUACACAUGUAAUGCUAUGACCAAGCAAUGGUUUGCUCUUCCCUUACACGAUUUUUUCAAGCGAGCCAAUGUAGGGUUUAUUACACGCGCCGAAUCCGGAGUUUUGACAAGUUAUAAAGUCGUGAUAGUUCGAUGUGCAAUUAGGGCUCAGAAUACACUUGAGUUUGAGGUGUUUUCUUCAGAGACAAAAAGAUGGGUUGAUCUGAAAGUAGAAUGUGAUCCUCCAGUUUUAGUCUCCGUUUUCAAGAAACCUGUACUUCAGAACAACACUCUCUUUUGGAAUUUUCGUUCCAAUGAUGGAAGUACUGGAUUUUUCGAAGAAGGAAGAGGAGGAAUCCUAGCAUAUAAUCCUGAUGAUUAUAAGCUCCAAAUUAUUGGUUUUCCACCUAAUUUAAGCGAACAAAGUCGGCUCGACUCGCUUGGAAAAGAGGCUUGCACUUUUGGCGUCUCUGAAGGACGAAUCAAGUGUUAA